AAAACUCUGUUAUGUAUAGGUCCUGGGAUUACUGGUUGAAGUAACGGGGGAAGAUUUGAAGGAAGAAUAUAUCAAACGUGUGUUACCAGUAAUGACAAGCAUUUUUCAGUCGGCUGUCGAUGUUUUGAAAAAUAGGCAGCUGGGUGUCUCUGUUGAAGCUACAGAUUGCUCUUGGAAAGGGGCAUACUACUCAUUGAUUUUGUUGGAGAAGAUACUGCAUCAAUUUCAUGGUUUGUGCCUAGCAGGGCAUCUUGAGGAUAUGUGGGAAACAAUUUGUGAGCUUCUGUUGCACCCACAUGUAUGGUUGCGUGGUGUAUUGAACCGCUUGGUGGCCUUUUACUUUGCCUCUGUGUAUCAGGCCGACAGAGCGAACCACGAGAAGUCAUUAGGAACAUUUUUUCUAAUGACACCAAGUAGGCUUUUUCUCGUAGCUGUUUCUCUCUGCUGCCAACUAAAGGCUCUGCUAAUGGAUGGUGCAGCCAGCACCUUAAUUACACAAAACCUCGCCUCAACGAUUUGUGCUCUGCACUCUUUCUUUGUACCAAACGAAUUGGUUGGUGGCGACAGUACAUGGUCAACCCUAGAACACCAUGAGCAAAGUCGUUUCCUUGAAGCUUUCCAGGUUCUUGAUUCAUUAAAAGGAAGAAGUAUGUUUGCAUCCCUUACAUCUGGUUACGAUAAUCAAAUUGCGGAAGAAAAUGGCGAUUGUCACUCUUUGCUGGUCUAUUACUUGCUCAAGAGAAUGGGAAAGAUUGCCCUUCAGACGGAGGCUGUUCAGAUGAAAAUCAUUUUCAAUGUUUUUGAGUUGAUCUCGCCAAAAAUCAUCAAUCCGGUUUCUUCACAAAUUGGCGACGUCCGGGGAUAUGCAUAUCAACUGUUGUUACCAUUGUACAAAGUUUGUGAAGGAUAUGCUGGGAAAGUUAUCUCAGAUGACAUGAAGAAGUUAGCGCAAGAAGCUCUUGAAUGUAUUAGAGAUACAUUAGGGAUGAAUAAUUUCGCACCAAUUUACACCCGCAUCCGAAAAAAUCUCAAGGAGAAGAGGGAUAGGAGGAAGCACAGGGAAAAGCUGAUGCCGGUGGUCAACCCCAUGCGAAAUGCCAAAAGGAAGCGAAGGAUUGCAGAUAAGAAUCGAGCCAACAAUAAACGAAAAGUAGUGACGAUGAAGAUAAUAAAAUGGAGGCAUUAGCAAAAUCAUUUUUUCACAAUGUUGUGCCUUCAUAAUCAGUUUGACUAGAAGCCUUACUUUGUUCGUCACUUGGCUACCCCUUUACAGGAUUGCCUUCAUUUCCUCAUUUGGUGUUCUGUGCAGAGAUAUGUAUCAUAGGCUUCGGUGUUUCACUUUCCCUCGGAACAGGCAAGUUCAUGAAAUUUGGCUGAGGAUUCUAGUUUUGUAACAGGGUAAAUGCAAAAUGGCCUCUUUUGCGUGAUUUUGAUGAAGAGAGAUUUCAUAUGUUUAUA